UGGUGUGUUAUUGCGGCAAUGAAUGCGGAUGUGGAUUAGGUAUGAGUCAUGUUUUAUGUGUAAAACCGUUGAUAUAUGGGCAUGCGAAUAAAACUAUUGUUAGCAAUGAAUAUUUGGUAUUAGAUGUGGGAAUAGACGUUGUAUUAUAGACGUGAUAUACCCAGAUGGAUCGUUGCUGGAAUAAACAACUGUGUAUAAACCAUCAGCAUUUUGUAUGUUACUGGAAGCAUUCAUGAUUAGUUGUUGGAAAUCACACGCAAUCUUGCAGAAUAAAGUUCACGUAAUGAAGGAUAUUUGUACGAUAAACUUCUACACCGUUCAAAGAUGACGGAAACACAAGAAAUGGAGGCUCUUCAAAGAGCCCAUAAGGAGCGCCUAGACAUCGUACAAAAAUAUGACAAGGGAAGAGACAAAGGUGCUCAGAUAGACCCAUGGGAAGAUGCAUCAUUCAUCAUCUAUAAAGUUACAGAUAGAUACGGAUUCUGUCAUGAAAAUGAGCUCCCAGAUAGCCCAGAUGAGGAGGAGAAAAAGGUGAGUUUUUUUUUUUAAGGGGACUUUAUUUAUUGUUCCAAGAAAUGGUCACUAGUACUACAACCAAGUAUUCAGUCAGUCUAUGCUGUUGAGAUAUGAAGGAUGUGAAGACAGACUUCCAAGUAUACCUUAGGCUGCAGGUCCUUGGUUUUUGCAAUUCUCAUAGUGCAUAAUGCAGAGUCUGAAGUAGUGAGACUACAUGUAGAUUCACAAUGUACCAUGGCUGGCUGUCACAGACAGAGAGUUGUUGUCUAGUCUUCACUCUCUAGACAUAGUAUAAUUGGUUUAAAGUGUAAAAUAUUAGUCUGUGCUUGCAGACUGGGGACCGUUUCAUGAAAGUUGUCAGCACUGACAAGAUGUCUUUCUCCGACAGUUACCAUAGUAACAGUCAGAGGCCAGAGCUUCUCAGCCAAUCAAAAGCAUGGAUUUCACUGAAAUAAUCAGCACUGACAAUUCAAUCAGUGCUGACAACUUUCAUGAAACACCCCCCUGAAGUAUACCUUGCAGCAUUUGAUACUGUGGCAUAAUACUCAAUACAUAAUCCCCUUUAUCAUUUAAAAUACUGCCAUACCCAUUCUAAGUUUUUUUUAUCAAUAGAAUAUGCCCCUUUAACUAGGAAUAGAGAGCAAACUGGCAAAGAAUAUCCUUGUAUGGGAAUGAUUCAAGUUUGAUGAAAGGCAUUUUAUGGCAGGAAUUUCCUUUAUUGAAUAUUUGUUUUCACAGACAUGAAUAAUAUUUAUGCUUGCCCUGUGCAGAGUGAAAUGUUGUGCAGUACUUCCUGAAAGUUGUGCUGUCUGUCAGCAUGAGAGGGCAGCAGAGCACUGUUUUGCUCCAUUGUUCAUGCAGUGAAAUAGGUAAAGCAUGAGAAGUUUAAUGAAGUGAGAACAUAUUUCAGAAGCGAUUUGAUUUCAGGAACUUCCUGAAAGUUCUGCUGUCUUGGAACAGUGCCCUGUUUCAUAAAUCAAAAUCUAAAUUCAGGAAACAUGUUUGCUUUUGAGAAGAAUUUGAGGAAUUAUCUUCCAAUUUAUGAAAGGGUUCUGACCUUUGCAUACAGGCGUUCAAAAGGUUAUCAUUAAUGGUAUUCUUGGCCGACUCGGUAAUGCAUAAAGAAAACUCACAUUAAUAGAUAAACACUUUUACAUAUUUCAAAAUUAUGUGAAAAUUUUCAUGAUUUUUUACUCACAAUUUUCAAGAAUACAUAUUUUCACACUUCUUGUAGGAUAUUAAAAAUAGGCAUGUCCAAAAUAUUAUUAUUCAAAAAUUCUGAAUUACUGUAUACAGUAAUCCAGCUCUUAACUGCAUUACAGUAAUAUAUAAACACAUUUACUAUGAUCAUAAACCAGGGAAUAAUUUUGCUUGUAUUUAACCAAAUUUGAUUAGCUCUUUUUGGUCAGAAAAGAAAAGCUCCGCGACUAUAAAGUUUUGCUUAGUCGUAUGUAAAUUUCUGCUGUACAAAAGACUUUUUUGAAUAGCAGUCUCAAAAGAAUAUGGAGCAAAUUAUGAUGUGAUACCAGGAAAAUUAUUCACUGUAAGAUAUUGUAAUUAUGGCAUUGGAUUGGCUGAUAUCGAAUUUGUUGAAGAAAUUUUGCAUUGUUAUUAUUUUCAUAAAACAGCACCCAGAAACCUGGUCGAUUAUCACCAGAGUCAAAUUAGGAAUUUGCCAUUUAAUUUCACGACUUUGAUCAAAUUUGUUUUAAAAUUAUGGUAUUAAAAGACAUGCUCGGAAACGGCCACCAGUAUCUGCUUGUCAGUUUGUAGGCAAUGGCAAGUGUAUAACGAGUAACGACACUACUUUGGAAACUUGCUGGGAAUUACUGACCAACUUGUUUCUGAAAUGCUGUGCUGCAUAUUAACACAAGAGGGCAGCAGAGUAUUCUUUCCUCAUUCCUCACUGUACAUAUAUAAAUGAAGAACAUAACAUGAAACAUUGCUUGCAUGGAUUUGAUUUUCAUUAGCACUUAGAGAAUUCUAUGAAUCAAGAUGCACAUUGGUUUAUUACAAUUAACAAUCAUGUCAGAGACUUUAAACUUUAACUUGUUCAAAUACAUUUACAAAGUAUGACUUAAAUCUUGAAAUUCAGGUAUUACCAAAACUAGUAGAAGUGUGGAUUAGACCCCCCCCAAAAAAAAUAGAAAGAUGAAAAUUAUUGAUAACCUGAUUUCCACAGAUCUUAUGUCCCUUUGUACUUACAUUUGUACUAAUACCAACCUAAAAGACAGAAUAAUAUAUUAAAAAAUCUGUAUUUUUCCCUGGUUUACUCACGUUGCUAGCUUGUAGUAAAUACUAGUAGGGUAUUAUCGAAAACCUAUACCUCAAAAUUUGCUGAUCUGUUUUUAGCAGACUACUACUGCUAGUACUACCAAAAAUACUACCACUACUACGUCUACCACUACUGCCAUGACCACCACCAUUACUACCACUACUACUGCAUGUACAUUGUAUAUGUAUACUACUAGUACUAGUACUAUAGUCAGUAAUACUACUACUACUACUAGUACUACUACUACGACCAGGACCAGUGGCGUACCUAGGAUUUUCCACAGGGGGGGCAAAACCGUCCGCCCAAAAAUUUGACAAGC